AUGGCUGAGGGACUCGUGUUGAGAGGCACAAUGUGUGCCCACACCGAUACGGUCACCGCCAUCGCCACGCCGAUCGACAAUUCCGACAUCAUCGUCACCUCGUCGCGCGACAAGUCGAUCAUCCUCUGGAAACUCACCAGGGAUGAGAAAUCCUACGGUGUUGCUCAGCGCAGGCUAACCGGUCACUCUCACUUCGUCGAGGACGUUGUUCUCUCCUCCGAUGGACAAUUCGCUCUCUCCGGAAGCUGGGACGGCGAGCUUCGUCUCUGGGAUCUCGCUACCGGAGCCACCACUCGCCGAUUCGUCGGACACACGAAGGACGUUCUCUCCGUGGCUUUCUCCACCGAUAACCGUCAGAUCGUGUCGGCUUCCCGUGAUCGCACGAUCAAGCUGUGGAACACACUCGGAGAAUGCAAGUACACGAUCGCCGAUCAAGGUGAGGGACACAAGGAAUGGGUUAGCUGUGUGAGGUUUAGCCCUAACACGCUUGUGCCAACCAUUGUAUCCGCCUCUUGGGAUCACACCGUCAAGGUCUGGAAUCUCCAGAACUGUAAGCUGAGGAACACUCUCGCUGGCCACUCUGGUUACCUUAACACGGUGGCUGUGUCACCGGACGGUUCGCUAUGUGCCAGUGGUGGGAAAGACGGUGUGAUCUUGCUUUGGGAUUUGGCAGAGGGAAAGAAGCUGUAUUCUCUGGAGGCUGGCUCUAUUAUUCACUCACUCUGCUUCAGCCCCAACAGAUACUGGCUGUGUGCAGCGACGGAGAACAGCAUUAGGAUCUGGGAUCUUGAGAGCAAGAGUGUUGUUGAGGAUUUGAAGGUUGACCUCAAGGCUGAGGCUGAGAAGUCUGAAGUUUCUGCUGGAACCGGAAACAAGACGAAGGUACAUCAUUCAUACCAUUCUCUUGGUAUCUUCUGUGAUUAUCUUUUAUUGAAUUGUCUGAUUCCAUGUUUUGUCAUUGUCUGUGAGUUGAUUUCUACUGAAUUUGUCACUGCUCUAAAAAGAUGA